UAUGAGUUGAGUGACAGUCAAUGAAAAAUCAUAACAAGUUUCACGUCGGUAUUCAUUCGAUAUUUUUCAAAAAACCAAUAGAUCUUUAGCCCGAAUUAAUAAAGAUUCACACUGACCGAUAAUUUUCAAAGAUAUCCUUGUAUUUUCAAAGUACUUAAAUUGUUGUGCCACGGCUAGAGUUUUAUAAAAAUAAAUUGCGCAAUUAUUUCCACAUUUGGUUAGCAGCCCGGAGCUGCAUGCAGACUAGUAGAGGAUGCCGGCGCACCACCCCGAGGGUGACGACGAGGACCGGCCGUGCCGCGCCUGCACCGACUUCAAGACCUGGGCCAAGGAUCAGAAGAAAACCACACUGUCCACUUCUAAACCGGGAAACUCUAAACCUAAGGACUGUCCGCUGGCCAAGGACGAGCUGGGCCGCUACACGUGGGGCUUCCUGCACACACUGGCCGCGCACUUCCCCCGCCAGCCCACUGAGACCGAGUCCUACCGCAUGUGCAAGUUCAUCAACAUCUUCGCUCAGUUCUACCCGUGCGAGCCCUGCAGACUCGACUUCCAAGAUGAUAUAAAAGAAAACCCUCCACAGACCAAGAGCAGAGAAGCUUUAUCACAGUGGUUAUGUGAGCGACACAACACUGUGAAUGUCAAGUUAGGGAAGCCCGAGUUUGAUUGCAGCAAAGUGAACGAGAGGUGGCGGGACGGCUGGCUCGACGGCUCUUGUGAUUAGGACAAUGGGGGAGCCAUAGUUUGAAGUGUAGUCUAUGUGAGGUGCAGGAUGACAAACAUUGCCCCAACUAUAUUUCCAGUGCAUUAGUUAAGUACUUAACUACAAACAACAAGGUCUCUGUUAAAGAUAGAUAGCCAAAGGAUAGAUAUGUGGAUUUAGUUGAGUAUCACCUUACAGUAUCUUGUAUAUCUGUAAUAUUGUACAUUUAUAGCAUUUAUGCCACCUUGUGAUUUCUUUAAUAAAUGUUAUUACUCUUUUGAGUAAAUAA